AUGAAGAGCAGCGCACCUUCUUCACCUGGAAGCACUCCAUCGCUGUUGCGACGUCUCAGCCAAUUCGUACAACCUGGCUCUUCGUCGCCGGCGUUCCAGCCACGGGCAAAAGGCUCAGCCGAAGCGCCCCUCACACCUACAUCAACUUUUCCAAGGGAUGACGCAGUCGUCAAGUCUCUGUGGCUUGACUGCGAUCCCGGCCACGAUGAUGCCAUGGCCCUGUUGAUGGCAGUCCACCAUCCCAGUCUAGAGCUGCUUGGCGUCUCGACGGUAGCUGGCAAUGCAGGCGGCCGCGAUACUUUCCUCAAUGCUGUGCGUCUCAUGGCGCUGUACCGAGCGGAUCCCUCAAUCCCCGUCAUUCGCGGAUCCGAUUGUCCGCUGGUCAAGGAUGUAAAAGUUGACGUCGGAAUUCAUGGUCAAGGCGGUCUAGGUGGAGUUCAAGGUCUGCCCUCCCUGUCGUCGCCGUUGUGCCAGCCUUGGCUUCAGCCUGCUCACCCCAAGACGAGUUCACCUACGACUGGACCCGAGCCCUCACUGUUCCUAUAUACACUUUCUACCAUCCUCACGGAGCGGCUCAACAAAGGUCAACCUCCGAUCCACAUGGCAGUCACGGGACCGAUGACCAACGUUGCGCUCUUCAUCAGGUGCUACCCUCACCUGAUAAAAGGCAUCGAGCAGAUCGUACUCAUGGGUGGUGCUGCCGGCGUUCGAGGCAACAGAGGUCCACUUGCCGAGUUCAACAUUCUCAACGACCCGGAAGCAGCUGCCAUCGUCUUCAACACCGACAUCAAAGUGGUCAUGGCUGGUCUCAACGUCACACAUCAAGCUAUCUUCACAGCAGAACUUCACGACCGACUCCUCUCGAGCAGAACGAGAUCCGUACCUUCUUCCCGUCGGCACUCUCGGUCGGCGUUGAGCCCUAUCUCGCCCACGCAGUCACCAGGCGUCUCGCCCGCGGUGCAGGUCUCUGAGCUACCGGCAUCGACACAGGCCGGACCGAGCGAUCUCAAGAGGAUGCUGAGUUCGACGCUGACGUUCUUCGCAAAGACGUACGCCUCCGAGUUUGGGUUCACGAGGGGUCCACCGGUGCACGAUAUGCUCGCCAUCGCUUACAUUAUCGAUCCGACGCUCUUCUACCGACGCGUCCCUUCGCCUGGUGACGUCCCAAAUGUUGCCAUGUUUGAUGCCGAUCCCCACAGCAACAAGGACACGCACGUGGGAUCUUCGUCGCCUUCGCCGUCGAGAUCUCGGAGUGUGCAGAAUGUCAACUCCUUGGGGCUCGAAACCAACGUCGUUGGUGGAGGCAGCGGAGAGACGAGCGACAUCCCGGAGGCAGCAGCGAAUACGGUCGAUAACGCCGCUGCAUUCCGCGGUACGCCGCCAAAGAGGUACCGUGUCGACGUGGAGUGCAGCGAUGGGCUUGCAUGCGGUGCCACCGUCGUCGACUUUUGGGGCGACCGCGUUGAGCAUGAAGGGUGGGGAACAGGUGGGAGGAAUGUCGAAGUGCUAGAGAACCUCGACUGCCCUCGCAUGUGGGACGUGUUUUUCCAGGUGGUUGAGCGCGCUGAACAACACAUCGCUAGCAGUGGAUCGGCCCGUGGCGAGGCGGGUGCGAUGGCUCAUGAUAGUGCCGACGCUCAAUCUGGAUCCAACUCGCCGAGCAAGUCUCCGACAACAGCGUUCGCUACAAUGCGCCUUGGCGGGGAUGCGCCUGUCAACAACGGCGCCUACUAG